AUGGAUCAUCUGCCAAACAUUGAAAAUCCAGCCUAUCCGCUUGACCAGGUGCCAUUCUUAGCCACUGAUCCAGCCGACGAGUACGGCGGGCCCAGCUUUGAUGACUUUCCGACGUCCAAGGGCCUGGUGCUUGGAAAACAGCUCGGCGAAGACCAUGACGACUGGGCGCUGUACUACGCAACCUCCAGCCACGAUUGCACAUUGAAAACGCCGGCGCAGGCAGCCUGCUUCAUUCAAUCAUGGCUGUUCUUCGGCCCUCUGCUGGAGGUCUUUUCCGUUCUCGGGUUCGACGUUCAGGUGGCCGAUUUCGUGGGACAGAGGGAUGAAGUACAGCUAUGUACCACAGCCGGACUAUGCAAGUUGAUCAAGAGGUGGGCAGAAGCAGAGAGCGGCUCGUCGAACGUCCAGGCCAAAACAGCACGAGGAGAAAAGAUACGGGAGAUUCUUCAGAAAGCCGACGCCUGUGUGGCGGGGAACCUCGAACAUGACCGCUACAAGACGCGCUGGGCUCUGUCCGAGGUCGUCUUCCUAUCCAUCCAACUGCUUCUCGAGGCGCUCUUGCAUGCCUGGGGGAUGAUUUAUCCCGAUGGCCCUGUCCCUAUGACCACCGGACCCGGCAUAUGGGCCGGACUUGCUGGAACCCGCAUGCAAGCGCAAGGCUGGUGCACAAGCGAGAUCGCAAUGAUGGAGAAUUCUUUUUCGGCCACGGGGCGGUAUUUUGCGAGCAGGCUGAGCAGACAGGUGGUCAAGAAGCCGCACAACCAGUGCAACGAAUCUAAAUGCCUCGCAUCUCAGGUCGAUAAAGCCGCCUAUCUCACCCAGCACGUCAACUCGGGUUGCGACUGCGCGCACGAUGAGGUCGACGUCGAACAAAUCAGACGUAUCUUAGAUAGUGGAAGCGUCCCGGUGAUACGCAUCCACACAGUCGAAGACCAAGAUACGCCGAUCCGACUUGACGUCCAAGGCUCUGGGAAGUAUGUCGCCUUCUCUCAUGUAUGGGCGCAGGGCCUGGGCAAUGCAACCGCGAACUCUCUACCCACCUGCCAACUCUCAAGGCUUCGUCUGCUAGCACAGGAUCUGGCCGGCUCGGCGGGCGAGGUCGCCCAGAACGACGACAGUGUGCUCGUCUGGAUAGACACACUAUGUGUUCCUCUCGGGGAAGGAAGAAAGCAGGCGUUGAAAAUGAUGGGCCAGACAUAUUCGAAGGCCAGCCACGUGCUGGUGCUGGACCAAGAGCUCUAUGGGCAGACAUACAACUGCUCGCUGGAGGAGAUUUGUAUCCGGCUCUUCCUAUGUCCCUGGUCGCGGCGGCUCUGGACAUUUAAGGAGGGGUUUCUGGCCCGGUCUCGUCUGUUCGUCCAGUUCAAAGAAGGUGCCAAACCCUUCCCGGACCUUAGUCGGCAUAACGAUGAGACCACGUGGCUGUCUCCGCUCCUCUUCCACAGCCUCAGUGCGGCAUGGUCGGUCCUCCCCAGGAUCAGUCGUGGCUCGUCGGACGCCACCACAAAGGAGAUUCUCCGAGUCGUCACAGACGCGUGUAGGUACCGCACCACGAGCUGGCUGCCGGACGAAACAUUCUGCCUGGCCGAAACCGCCGGUCUUGCAGUCGAGUCAAUACUUAGGCACGAUACGCCCGAUGGGCGGAUGAAGGCUUUUCUCCUGCAAUGCAGGCAUAUCCCCGCCGAUGUCGUCUUCUUCCCCGGCCCGAAACUCCAGGAUGCGGGAUUCAGAUGGGCUCCAUCCACUUUCCUGUACCCGCUGCCGACGGGGACCAUCUUCGGUGGGUCUCGCGAAGGAAUAUGUUCUCAAGAAGGUCUGACGGCUUCCUGGCCGAGCUAUUCUCUCAGGUUUCCCGCCGACUUUUCAUACCAAGAUGCCGAGUCCUACUAUUUCCGUUGUGACGAGAAGGAGGAGUGGAUAACAAUAGAUCCCCGAGAAUCGCUCGACCAAGGACCGCCCAUUGAAGCUGAAGCUGAAGCCUCACCCCCUACCCGCAGAUUGGACAAGUACCGGCGGUUGCGGUUGGUGCCGCAGUGCGUCUUAAUCCUGUCUGGUACCGAGGGUUAUGUGCAUGACGGCGCCAUCAUUUCAGCCACUUCCGUCAGGGAGCAAGGCGGCGGUGGCGGUGGCAGUGGCAGUGGCAGUGGGCUCGACCUCACCGCCCAGUUCGUUCUGAAUGUCGUCGUGGUCGUCCAUCCCAAUCGUGAAUUCGAAUCCCACUUGGGCCGGUUUGACCCGGCCAGAGCGAUUGGUAUUGAGGGAAACGCAUUAGGGGAUGGUACUACGUGGUGCAUUUCGUAA